CGGAUGCGUUUUGCAAUAGUACGCCAUUACAAAAUCCAGUAGGCCCUAUAUUAAUUCUAUGAUGAAAAUCAACACACAUAUUUUAGUUGUUGUAUAAUUAGAAACACAACAUCGCAUCAUAGUCCAUGUUAUUGAAGAUGAAAACUCCCAGGCAAAUAAAAGUGAUCACUUCACAGCUAGAAGUUUUAGAAGAGUUGAAGGAACAGUUAGAAACCUUUAUUGCAGAUAUAAAUACAGUCACUUUGAAAGGAAAGACGUGGAUUGAUGAUUCAGACAGCCAAAAUUUUGUAGAGAUCAAUCUUUACCUAUCCAAUGAAACAUCCAGAUGUUUACGACGUUAUCGUGAUCUAAAUAGUGAUGACUUCGAUCAACAUUCUUAUCCAGUGGAACAUUCGAAUCAAGUGGAAAACACAAGUCCAAAAGCGUGUAACCUCAGUUGUAAAGAUGACAAAACGUAUCAACGAUUGGCUGGCAUGAUGGACACAAUUGAAUCCACACUUGCAAAACAUUCAAGAAAAAUUAAAAACUUGCAACAGAAAUCAUUGGGGCACGAAACCCGAAUUCAGUCGACUUUGCUGCAGAUACAAGAAAAUGAAACACAAUAUAAUUCCAAAUUUGAAGAGUUCAUUAAGGAAUUUCAAGGAGCCAGUCAAUUUAUGUCAAGUCUACAAACCCAGAAUACAACGUUGUCUAACAAAGUGAUGGAAAACGAAGAACAGAUAAUAGAAAUGGUGAAUACAACUGAAACUUUACGACAUCUGCCUCAAGAAGUAGAAUACCAGAAAGAACGCUUGGAGUCAUUUGUACAAGCCAAUGAAUCCGAAGAUAAAGGUCACGUGCUCAAAAUGGACGAAGUUAUGCAAGAACAUACAUCAAAUAUUCAGCAAUUAAAUACAAAAUAUGAACAUUUGUUAAAUUUAAUUCAAACCAAUGAAAAUGAGAUAAGGCAGAUACAAACAUGUAAUGCCACUGAAACUCUUUCACAUAUAAAGCAAAAACUUACAAAACACGAGGAAGACUUAGAACGCAUUGAGAUAAACCACAAAGAAAUGAGUGACACCAACAGAAAGAAAAUGGAUGACAUUAAUGCUAAACUUCAAGCCCAUAGUGAAACAACUUCUAACUUACAGAUUAAUUUUGAAUCUCUGCAGUCCCAAUUAAACAAUUUAAAAGAUGACUUCAAGCAUACUGAUUCGUUAACGGAAUCAUUAAAGACAAAUAUGACAGAAAUUAAAGAUCAACUUUCAAACUAUAAGUCUGAUUCUCAAAUAUUAAAUCUGGAGUCUUCUUUUUUUGAAGUAACGUCUGAAUUAUAUAAAGAAUUGGAUGUUGUGAAAAACAAAAUGUCAACUGUUGAAAGCCAGGUUUUGAAUUUAUCAGGUGGCUAUGCCGAACUUCUUAAGAUUAGCUCACAAGAUGUCACAGUAGCCUGCAGACUAUGGAUACGAAAUUCGGAAGAGAUACAUUUAAAUAAAGAUACCAUAGUUACUUGUUUUAAUGGACAUGAUCUGAACAUCGGCAAAUGUUACAACAAAACCACAGGAAUAUUCACAGCCCCCUGCAAAGGAUUAUAUCUGUGUAGUUUGAUGAUGGGAAGUGAAGAUUGGGCUCGGUUUAACAUUCACGUCCGUAAAAAUGGCCGUGAGUCAGUUAGAGGCACAACUCAUACAAACAGCACGGGCGCUGUAGCCUGUCUCGUUACUGUCCUAGAGUUGGAUCAAGGGGACGAGGUAUACAUCAAACCAGCGAAUGAUGUAGCAAAGAUAAAAAUAAACAUUUUUUCAUAUUUUGUGGUCGUUUUGUUACAGCAAAACAGAUUAGAGCAUCUUUAAUGGGAGCAUUUAUUUUAUUUCUUGUAGGCUCCCAAAUAAAUAUUAACAUAUUAUAAAGUUAGGGCUAAAUUUCGGGAGUUUUACUUUACCCCAGUUAAUUGAAAUGGCCAUGGGUAGUUGGUUCUCACAAGGGGGUGGGAAGUCCUGGUCACGGCGAUCUGAGCUAAGGGGGGACCUGCCUGUGCAGUCACUCGACUUGUAUGGUAGCUAUGAGGCACUACGCCGGACGGCUAAGUUUCUUGCCAGAGCAGUACGGAAGGACUAGUCCUUCCUGCUCUGAUUUUUCAAUAGGAGUUCAUAUCAGGUCACGGCAAUCUAAUUGAAACACCUUGUAGCCUAUUUGAUAUACAUAUCUUCAGUUAUUUAAUAAAUGCAUUACUUUGAC